AAAUCACCCCAAAUCACCCCAGCCGCUGCCGGGGAUGUCUGAGAACCCCUCGGUGUAUGUACCCGGUGUGGUGUCCACGGUGGUCCCGGACUCUGCGCACAAACUCUUCAUCGGGGGCCUCCCCAAUUACCUGAACGACGACCAGGUGAAGGAGCUGCUGACGUCCUUCGGGCCGCUCAAGGCCUUUAACCUGGUGAAGGACAGCGCCACCGGGCUCAGCAAGGGCUACGCCUUCUGCGAGUACGUGGACAUCAACGUCACCGACCAGGUACGGCCCCCGGACACGCCUGGGGACACCUGGGACA